CAAACCACUUGGCUAUCGCACCCGGGCCGUGGUACAGAGCGGCCUCCUCCUAGUCGCCUCUCCGCCCUGACAACCUCUUCUUGCUGUCCUAGAACGUCCUCUUCGUCCAGGCCCCGCCCCCCCCCCCACCCGCCGCUCUAGCCUCCGCUCCUCUCGUUGGUUCGCGCCCGGACAGCGCCGGGAGGAAGCCGGAGACCCGGCGGUAGCCGGCGGGUGGCAGGGUGGCAGGGUGGCGGGCGACGCCAAUCUACAGCUCGCCCCUGGGGUGGGGCCUCGCAGCUCAGCCACCGCUGACGGCCUGCGCCCUAGCUCCUUCCAGGCCAGGUUCUGAAAACGGCGCUUCCCAGAGCGCAGAGACCAGGCCGAGUGGGCCUGCGCGCAACUCUCCCCAAGGUCUGGCACCCCGACUUGGAUUCCAGGGCCCCAGAACUCACGUCUAACCAGGUCAGGCCCUGCGCCGCUUUUUCCCUUCUUUUCCCAGCCAAAUUAGGUUCUUCCUCCCCACAAUUGUGUCCAGUGGCCCCAGGGCUCUGGAAAGUUUCGGGUGAGCCUUUCCCAAUAUUUAGAAAUGGGGCUCUGGAAACUGGUAGUCCUGGAGAGUCUCGCUUAGGGCUCCUGGUCGCCGGCUUCUGCGUUUUCUUCCAAUCCAAAGUUGAAGAUCCCCUUCUUGUUUCACAUUUACUACCACCCGAGGUGGCAUGGCCCCCAAGCCGUGGAGUGAGUGGAGCACGACCCUGUCCCACCUAGCGCUGGGAGUGGUGUCUCUGCACGCAGCGGUGAGCACUGCCCAGGCAAGUCGAGGGGCCGCUGCUGGCUUCCUGCUCCAGGCCUUGGCCUCUGCCACCUUGCUGGCCCCAGGGCUGGGCACAGAUGAAGACUGUCUUGCUGGAGCCUGGGUGGCCACUGUCAUCGGCCUGCCCCUUCUGGCCUUCGAUUUCCACUGGGUGAAUGGGGACCGCUCCUCUGCCAACCUACUCCUGGGAGGAGGAAUGGUGCUGGCAGUGGCUGGUGACCACCUUGGUGCUGAGGGCCGUUCUGUAGCUGGUCAGGCAGUGGUGCUGGUGGUUGCAGUGACGAUCCUCAUUGUGGCUGUUUUCACGACCAACACUUAUGGAAUGUGGGGGGGCGCAAUGUUGGGGGCUGCAGGCCUCCUGAGCCGGCUGGAGGAGGACAAAGUUCUGCUGCUUCCAAAGGAGGAUGUCUGUCGCUGUGCCCUGGCUGCAGGCAGUUGGGCCUACCACCGAGCCCUGCACACACAGCGCCUGCAGUGGGAGUGAUGUUUGCAGACAGCAAGGUGGGGCUUCAGCCCUGGCUACCGCCUUCCCCUCCCACAGGCCUGCUCCUAUGGGCCUCCUCCCCUAAGGACGGACUCUCUUGCCUCCCAAAGAGAGCUUGCUGCACGGUGAUGGAUGCCUUGGCCAGGAGACAGAGUCUGGGCACUGUCCCUCCUCUGGCUGAGUUUGGGGACUCACCUAGACAAGAAUUAAGGAGAUGGGGCCCCAGGCACGUUUUGGGGCCUGAUGUCGGGCAGGCCAUGGUUUUGGAUUCAGAGAGAGGCUUGGUCUCCAAUAAACCUUAGGGAUUCAGCAGGAA